AUGGCGGACGCCGGGGACGAUGAGAUUGGCUUGCCCAAGGCCACGGUGGCGAAGAUGGUCACGGACGCGCUGAAGAGCGCGGGAUACGACGCGAUGAAGAUGUCCACCGAGUGCAGGGAUCUGAUCGUGGAGUGUUGUUCGGAGUUCGUCCAGGCGGUGAGCUCGGAGGCGAACGAGGUGUCGACGAAAGAGCGGAAGAGCACGAUCACGGCGGAACACGUCCUGCGAGCGCUGCGGGUGUUGGGGUUCGAGGCGUACGAGAACGAGUGCGCGAUCGCGAGAGACGAGGCGAAGGAGGAGGAGACGGAGAAGCGAGAGGCGAAGAAGAAGCGGAAGAAUUUCGCGAUGAGCGCCGAGGACGCGAUCGCGAUGCAGCAGAAAUUAUUCGCGCAGGCAAAGGCGAGGAUGGCGGGAGAGGAACCGGCGGAGGGAGAGGGGACGAACGUUGGGUCGCUCGGGACGCUCGGAUGA